GCGAGCUUUCACGACUCCCGAGCAAGAAGGUGAUGCUGUUCGCCUGCACACAAUUAACGAACGAACAAACCGACAAUACAGGCAUAUCACAGUGACCACAUCACAUUACCCCACUCGCCCCCGUGUGUGUGUACUUGCCUUAUCGAUGGCCGUCCAAUACAAGUCGAUGGCUCUGGGGAGGUCGCCCCUGUGGUAGGGGAGGGCACUCGGGGGCUUGCCAUGAGGCACACGUACGGCACUGUCGACUGGUCGUCACCAAACAGCUCGGCUUGGGAGACACGUCCAUCGAAUAUAAAAUGAAGACAGCGAUCUGCGCACGAAAGAGAUAAGCUUGGGAGCGUAGACAGAAGAGGUGUGUGCGGUAGUGUGGCGUCUUACUCUGCUGGCCCUGUGGUGAUGCUGUCAGCGGGGCGGGCGGAGUGCAGGCCAUCAACCACGCACCGCUGGGUCACAAAUCCCAGCUUCUUGCAUGAAACACACAAGAGGGGAAAGCAGCAGGAUAAGCCACCCUUGUGCCCCGAUGCACUUCUUGUUGAGCGCACCUUUCGUCUCUGGUGUGUCCCAGUGUGAGUUGAGGGCGCUUUUGAGCUCGCUGAUGCGGCCAAACUGGUCUAUCUUGAUCAUGAGGCCCUGAAUGAAAGCAAACCAAGCUGCUGUAUGAGACAUGAAUGAUCCAUGUCUCUCCGUGCGAUGCGCAGCUUACGGCAUGUGAAGGCACACCCACCCACGUGGAAUAUCCCGCCGGCACCAAACGCAUCACACUGGACGCCGGGAGGUGUUGUCCAGCUGGAUGUGUGGUGAAGUCCAGCCGGUGAAGUACAGGAUGUGCGUGUCUGCCAAGCCCCGAGCCGCCUCGUCGAUACCAUACUGUAGAUCUGAGGAAAGAAAGGAGUUGCCAAAGAUUCCCAGCAGCUCCUGUUGCCUAGGGCGGGUGACGAUCUGUGAGCAGAAAGCUUCUUUUUGAGCGCACCUCUCGGCAGCCGACCUGGUCCAUCUUGAUCUGCAGGCCGGUGAUGGUGGUGAGGCAGGGGCAGCGGCCGAGGACGGCAGUGAAGCGGGGCCACUGGGCGUCGUCGAAGAAGAUGCUGCUGCUCUCCAACCACUUGAUCUUGGGGGAUGUGGUGAGGAGGCGCACGACGUCAACCGCAGCGCCCAUGCAGAGCUCGUCGACAAGGAGGGUGGUGGGUUCAGGGAAGGUCCAGCGACGGUCACUACAAAUACACACACGCGACACCGAGGCAUGAAUGAGCGCCGUCCACACUCACUGGCCUCCAUGCGUACUUGACGGCGUAGUCUGACUUCAU